ACGAGCCUUCGUAACUAUUGAUUUUUUCACUAAUCAACAUUUCAACACUUCGGCCAACACAAGGAUACACAUAUUUUACUGAAAAAAUCAAAUAAAACAAAAUAUGGAAUCAGAAUCCUUGUUGGAAAAUAAUGGUUUCGAUUUAACAAAAGACUCAAUGGAUUCAUCAUCCGAUACAAAUAAUAAAGUCAAAUUUAACGAAAAUAACAAUCAACAACAUAUUGUGCCGAUUGGCUUGCUAAUUGUUUUGCUAACAAUCUAUUUGGGACUGAGUGGUGUACAAAGCUGUUUCGCUAAUAGCUCCCAAAAUGAGGAUAUUUUAAAAUCUCUACCAAACUUGAUGUACAAUCAAGUCGAAAUUAAUGAGCGUCAACUGAUAUUGGAACGAUUCUUGGAAUAUAAGGAUAUAUGCAGGGAUUUGGAAAUAUUUACCAAAGAAAUAAACCGAACAAAGCCUAAGGUUCCAAACAAGUCGGCUGAGAUUAGAAAGAAAGAAACCACUUUGAAAACCGAAUAUAGGGACUAUAGUGGUAGUGGAAGUGGUAGCAGAGCUGUUGCUGAUGGCAGCGGAGAUGAAUGUGCCACCACCAAGUCUUACAGUAAGAAAUAUAAAAAGCCUAAAUCUAAAUAUUAUAUAAAAUUACCUAAUAAUCCAAAAAAUGGUUUCCACAAACACAAUAAAUCAACUAAAGCUAAAAAUGCCAGACAUCACGACAAAAAGGAUCUGAACAUAAAUAAGAAAAAUUCCUCGGCAGAACCAAUUAUAUAUCUUUUUGCCUUGGUUUUUAUUUAUUUGCUGUUGAAAGCAGCAUCAGAUAUCAAUCAGCAUUACAAAUCGGAAAACAAAAACGACAAACGUUUUAUGAGACGCUGUUCUUUGCAAUCCUAUGCUCAAGCUCACCGAGAUCGACGUUCAUCAAAAGAAUUGGCAUUGAAAACAAAACAACAACAGCAACAUCAACGCACAUUGGCAUCCUUGCAACGAUCCAUCAUUGCUGAACAGCAGAAGCCAAAACCACAACAACAACAACAUUUCUAUCAUCACCACCACCACCACAUCGAAACAUCAUCCGUUCAAAGAACACCAUCAACACCUCCCACACUCUCUCCGGCGCCCAGGAGCAGCCACGGCAAUUGGCAAUUGCUAAGACAACACAUGACACUAUCUGUAGAUAAUUCGGACCUAAUUGUAACACCCCUAACUAAACCAGAGUUCUCCUCCAUGAUGAAACGAAGACGUUGUUCGGUGCCAGUUGCUCUAAAUUACCAUAGACAAACCACUAAAAACUCCUCAAAUCCAAAUCCCUUGGGAACACUAACUGAUCCACUAAUCAGACGAACCUCCAUAACAAUGCCCCUGGAUAGCUUAGAUCCAUUGGCCGCAAGCGAUGGAACCAAACGUAGAGUACGCAUGAUAAACAGGCAUUAAAUUAUAUAUUUCAAAAAAAAAAA